AUGUUGUGCUCACAUCUUAAAUUUGAUUGUUCAAGAUGGUAUGGUUUAAAAGAGAUUGAUGCUGCUGUGAUUAAGGUUAGGGAGAGUGCUAAAUAUUGUAAAGGUUCCCAAUCUAGGAAAGAAAGAUUCAGAACUUGUGUUGCUCAUGUUGAACUACAAUCGGUUAAAGGUUUGAAACAAGAUGUUCCUACGAGAUGGAAUUCUACCUACUUGAUGCUUGAGAGUGCCUUGUAUUACAAAAAAGCAUUGAUUCAUUUUAAAAAAAUUGAUGCAAAUUAUGUUCAUUGUCCUUCCACAGAAGAGUGGGCUAGAAUUGAAAUUUUUUUUAAGUUUUUGAAGGUUUUUUAUGAAGUAACCCUUGCUUUUUCUGGAACUAAGUAUCCUACUGCCAAUCUAUAUUUUAACAAUGUGUUGAGGGUUAGAUUGUUGCUGAAAAAUGAAAUGGGAAGUUCUGAUUUGUGUAUGCAAAGGAUGGCUAGUAAGAUGAAUGAAAAAUUUGGGAAAUAUUGGUCUGAAUUUAGCACUUUUAUGGCUGUUGCUGUGGUGUUAGACCCACGUUUUAAGUUGCAAUGUGUUCAAUGA